GAAUCGGAUAACCCGCGCCUCCCGGUGGGCGUGGCCUCUGAUCCAGCUCUUCCUGCUGAAUGGGCCACGUGGUUCCAUGUCUGCACGCGCCUUCCUGCUCGUGUCAGCGCGAGGAGGUCCCUCCGUUCCCCCUCUGCGCCCCUUCAUCCGCCUCCUCCUCCUCCUCUCCUGCUGCCCUCCGCGCUCUCCCUGAGACGUUCACGGCCCGCGGUCAUCCCAGUCUCGAGCCCGGGUGUCCAAGAAAGUGAGCGUGCGCGCGCGCGCCGUCCUGCUCCAGAUUUUAGUCAUGACGCUCGAGGCGAUCCGCUACGGGACCGGGUCUCUGCAGAUCCUCAACCAGCUGCUGCUGCCACACCAGACGGUGUACGAGGAGAUCCGCGGCGUGCAGGCCGCCUACGAGGCCAUCAAGGCCAUGAAGGUGCGUGGAGCUCCAGCCAUCGCCAUCGUGGGCUGCCUCAGUCUGGCCGUGGAGCUGCGGGCCGGUGCGGGCGGAGAUGACCCCGUCACCUUCAUCAGGGAGUCUCUGUGUCACCUGACCUCGGCCAGGCCCACCGCUGUCAACAUGGGCCGCGCAGCGCGGGAACUGAUCGAGUUUGCAGAGAACGAGAGCAUGGAGAAGAACUCUGAGCAGCUCAGAGAGAGUGUGAUUGCCUGGAUUGAGGAGAUGCUGCAGCGUGAUGUCAACGACAACAAGAAGAUCGGUAACUAUGGCGCCCAGCACAUCCUGUCCGGCGUCCCCAGAGACUCGGUGAGCGUCCUGACGCACUGCAACACGGGCUCGCUGGCCACGGCCGGAUACGGCACGGCGCUAGGUGUGGUGCGCAGCCUGCACGCGCUGGGCCGCCUGAAGCGCGUGUACUGCACGGAGACCAGGCCGUACAACCAGGGCUCGCGGCUGACGGCGUACGAGGCGGUGGCGGAGGGGAUCCCCGCCACGCUCAUCACAGACAGCAUGGCCGCCCUGACCAUGAGAGAGAUGGCCAUUUCAGCCGUGGUGGUGGGGGCCGACAGGGUGGUUGCUAACGGUGACACAGCCAACAAGGUGGGGACAUACCAACUCGCCAUCGCCGCAAAGCACCAUGGGAUCCCUUUCUAUGUGGCUGCUCCCAGUACAUCAUGUGACCUGAGCCUGGAGAGCGGCAGGGACAUCAUCAUCGAAGUGCGCCCCCCAGAGGAGCUCACCAGCAUAAACGGGCUUCCCAUCGCCGCCCCAGUGGAAGUCGAGUUGGGUUUCUAAAAUGCUGCUACCCCCCUGUAAAUAAACACCCCCUCCCUGCUGGAUUUGUGUACAUAUGUAGAAAGUAGAAACAAGGUUCUCCUCCCCGAUCUUCAUCCAGAGUUUCUCCAUGUUUGUGGAGGAUAAAUUCUGACACGUUUAUGCGGAAAAAGAUUUUCCCCUUUUCUCUGUAAAAAGCUGAGCAGCAGCGAUGGAAACAGUUUUGGUAAAUCUGCCCCUCACUGUCUCUGCCUGCGGGGCCCGGCGGGUUCUGGAGCUCAGGCCUUAGUCUUGGAGGAAGCGUUCACCCUGAGCAGCUGGUCUGUGUCCCGCUCUCUGCUUGAGGCUGCCUUGUUCUGACCCGCUCCACAUCCAUGCCGGAUCAGAAAAUCCAGGCUCGGUUUUUACGUGUUUGUGCUUAAACAUCUUUUUUUUCUCUUUCUUACUAUUUUAAGAGGAAUCUGUUUUUUUCAGAUCAUCUGUAGCAGCGCUGAACAAACUGCAGCUCAGCUUUUAUAUUGAUGUCACUUAAGCAUGCUCCUUGGUAAUUCAACCUUUCGAUUAAAAAAGCUCAGAUAGUG